AUGUCCCAUUCUACUCGUCCUCGCAAUCAACCCCUAGAUCAUCUUCCUACGAAUCGAAACGCAGCAAACAAACAUGAGCUAGUCCGCCUUGCACGGAAUUCCGAUGUCUUUGAUGGGGAGGAGACACAACAGCAAACAAAGCAAGAUAAAGACGGCAGGCAAGCACAGCAAGAGGUGAAAGAAGAUGCGGUAGCGGCGCUGAUGUCCGGAAAGGUUGGCGAUACUUAUCUAUCCAGCAAGAAUGAUGAGAACCCCCGGCUGGCUGACCCCGGUCUAUCUCCAGAGCUGAGUCAGGACAAGUUGGUGAGCCAUAGCGAUCGUUGCAGCGACGACGAGCUUAACAAUCCCGUGUCGGACGACGAUGGGAAACUACGUCCUGCUGUCCUAAUGCACAAGAAGCGCAAGCACCAUCCGGAGCAGAGGUCUACCCGUCGACAUGGACCACACUCCAAGCCCAUCGGCACUCUUCGAAAUCUCACUCCCCUCAUGACCAGCGUUCGAGAGUCACCCCAGUAUCCAGUUAUGGCAGAUUCGAGGGGCCAGGAUACGGCUCACCGCUCCGUAAUGAAGACCAGGAUGAAGAGGACCCGCAGGAGCAACAGGGAGAGAAGCGGCGGCACCAGGACGGGGCUGAGGAGGCCAGCAGCGGCAUCCAUCAGUCCGAGGGCCGAUCACGGGCACCCACCAACUCUCGCAGGUGAUGGCCAGCACCACCACCAUCCUCCACGAGCCUCUCGAAGCCUCUCGGCUGCGGUAAAGUCGGCACCACUUGCGGAGUAUCAGGAAUGGCCAUUCCAAGGUUUCCCCAAACGCACUCGGAUCCGGAGUGAGACGACGUAUAAUCUCGAGUUCCAGUUACUACACAUCCCGGAGCACCUCCACCUCUCCAUGCUUUCCGAAGCGUUGGGCAUGUGUUCUGAUGUUCGCAGAGGCUGCAACCCCUCACGACACUGGCGCACAUUCCAAGAUGCAUCGGUGCGGCCUCGGAUAAAGCGUGUUCGAUGGACACCUAAAGAGGAUGCAACGAUACUCAAGAUGAGGGAGGUGGAUAGCUGCUCGUGGGAAGAGAUCCAUGCUGACCAAUUCAUGUCUCUUUAUUCUUAG